UUUACCCAUCAUCCUGGAAGAAAUGGCGAACAUUUGAACCGAAGAAGUACACCUGAUAGAAUAUUUAAUUUCAUUGAUUUUUAUUAAUAACAGGAUUGACAAGUAGUAAAUAAGUUUAAGAUAUAAAUCACACAAUGGCAUUCCUGGUCUCAGCAUAAAGUAAGAAAGUUUUCACAGCAACUAUGGUGAAGAUUAAAGCAAGGUGAUUAAACCACUGUGUAACCAUGGCAACUUUGACAGAAGAGGUUAACGGGUUUAGCCAUGGAAAAAGAUCGGUCACCCCAGAUUCUGUUAAUGAAGAACAAGAGGUGAAGCGAGCAAGGAAAGAUAACAGCUUAGACAAUAACCUUGUUGACGAUCGACUUAUAGAAGUUUCUCCUUUGUUAGAGCAGUCUUCAUUAGAUAGUCACCCCAAUCAUUCACCAUUACACAACCAAUCAAAAGAAUCAUCACUAGAUCUACCAGUUAAUGGCACCACAAAUGGUGGCUUGUCAACAGAAGAUGGCACCACUUUCACUAGUGAAGACAGUUGGGUAGUGACGACUGUUAGUUCACCUGUAGUAAAGGCUGAACCUGCAGCAGUUGUAUCUAACUCUCCCACCACUAUCACAUUAGCAUUACCGUCCAACACAUCAACAUUGGAACAAACAGAUCCAUUAGCAGUAGCCACAAGUGAGAUAGACAAGAGUGCAGAAUUAACACCCACAGAUUUAACUAAUUUCUUAAACAGUGCUACCAUACCAAUAGUUGUAUCAUCUGACGGCAGUGUUCAAAUACUAACGACAACAACAGCCAUGAAUACGUACCUUGGUCAGAACUCAUUCCCUAACACAGGAUUCUAUCCACCCCAGUAUGCUGGAGCAGCUUAUGCCCCAGAAUUAAAAAUAAAGACUCAGGCAGGAAACCAACAAAACUAUUUAAGUUACCAAGCAGGCUACAACCAGACAGCCGCUUAUUGCUUCAAUCCACAAGUACCGUUUACAACCAACUCCACAGCAGCAGCAGCCGCGGCAGCCGCAUAUCAACAGUCAUCGGGAAUCGAUGGCUUCAGUUAUAACUAUCCUGGUGGGAAUCCAUACUACCCAAGCUAUCAGCUGGCAAACAGUACGACUGCUACAGCCUCACCGUCAAACUCACAAGUGUACACAUUGAUGGAUACCCCCACAACAACAACAGUAGUAAGAAAUAUACCAAAUAUACCAAAUGGUCAAAGACCUGUUGACACAACUGAACCUCCGUAUUCUUCACAGAUCCCAAGUCCCUCACCUCCAUUAUCAUCUACAAAUAGCACAAAGAGAAGAAGUGGCAGUCGAGCAGGUAGAAGAACAAACCCCUCACCUGGACCUGAGUCUGAUUUAGAACGUGUAUUUGUGUGGGAUUUAGACGAGACAAUUAUUAUAUUUCAUUCAUUACUCACAGGAGUGUAUGCACAACGAUAUGGAAAGGAUCCCCAACAAACAGUACAGUUAGGAUUACGGAUGGAGGAAAUGAUAUUUAAUUUAGCAGAUACACAUUUAUUUUUUAAUGAUUUAGAGGAAUGCGACCAAGUCCACAUUGACGAUGUGUCAUCUGAUGACAAUGGACAAGAUUUGAGUGGAUACAAUUUUGCAGUAGAUGGUUUCCAUGCAGCAGCCACAAACCCCAAUGUAUUAGCCGGGAUGAGGGGAGGUGUAGACUGGAUGAGGAAAUUAGCUUUUAGAUAUAGAAGGAUAAAGGAAAUAUAUAAUAGCUACAGAAAUAAUGUUGGAGGUUUAAUUGGUCAACAGAAACGAGACAAUUGGUUACAAGUACGGCAAGAUAUUGAAACCUUAACUGACAACUGGCUCACACUAGCAUUAAAAUGCUUACAGAUUAUAAAUUCAAGGUCAAACUGUGUUAAUGUACUAGUCACAACCACACAACUGGUUCCAGCUUUAGCUAAAGUUUUAUUAUAUGGUCUUGGAGGUGUGUUCAAUAUAGAAAAUGUUUACAGUGCUACAAAAAUAGGAAAAGAUAGUUGUUUUGACAGAAUAGUUGCAAGAUUUGGCAGGAAGUGUACAUAUGUUGUCGUUGGUGAUGGCCGUGAUGAAGAACAAGCAUCUAAACAAAUGAAUUUCCCAUUCUGGAGGAUAUCAAACCAUUCCGACCUAGCUGCCUUAAAUCAUGCAUUAGAAUUAAACUACCUCUGAUAUGUGAUAAGGACAGAAAUUUCUGCCAUCAAAAAAACUUGCCUCUAUUCCAGACCAUGUGUGAUGUCAUUUCCCAUCAUGCAAUAGACUGUUUCCUGUCAGCAUUGCAUUGUGGGACAGUUGUGCCAUGAACUGCCAUUGUUGACAAUUGGACCAUAGGAGGUUAAGAUAACCUUGACACUAACCAAAGAUUUAUGUGCACGGGAAGGAAAGCUUCAUGUUGUUGACGUUGUUGAUAUUUUUUACGUCCGUAAAGAGAUUUUAUAAAAUUAUAUAUUGUAAAAUUGGUAUUUAAUAUAUCUUUUUUGGAGAUUGAUGCAGACCACGUGUUAAAGGUCACAGGAUUGACCUUAGAAUGACAUUAAAUCCUGAUAACUUUUGUAUAACAAAGGUUAUGUUAACAGUGACCAUGAUAUAUGUACUGUUUAAAGUGCUUCAUGUUUUUAUGUUCUAAUGAAUGCAAUAUAUUUAUCAUUACAUGUACAACUUAAUUGGUCCAAAACUAUUAUUAUUGCUCAUAUAUAUAUAUAUACAGAAACAAGACGAUAGUACAGCGCUUCAUUCAAAUCAGUCUUUGAAUUCUAAGCAAUUUUAAUUCAUUUUUAAAACCAAAGAAUAUAUCACAGAAAAAGGUGCUCUCAAUUAGUUUGUAGAUAUAGUAUUCAGAAUACAUUGAACUCAAAGUUUCAUUUUAGAGCAUAGCAUUCAGAAUACAAGUAGAUCACUAAUAAGUAAAUUGAAGGUACAUAUUCAAGUAUGUUUAGUCAGUAAAGUGUAUAUCAAAAUGAGCUUUAAGAAGCAUAUUGUCAUUUAGGAAAUUAGCCCAUUAUGCAAUUUUAAAGCUCCCUAAAAUUUAGGGUAUUGUGACCCACUUUGUACAGAGUAAUAGUAUUUAUAUUCUUUGGUGCUUUAACCAUAAAUUUUUCAGCAUUCAGAUCAAACCAAAGUCCCACUGUAUUGUACAUAAAACCAACACUAUAUCUUGCUAACAGCAUGAACAUAUCAGUGUAUAUUAUUGUAUAUUUUACAUGUAUGCAGAUGACAAUCAAAAUGUUAAGAGAAUUGUAAAGAUAAUCAAAAUAUUCUGUUAUUAUAAAGGAAUGUGACCUGUUAUACUAUAAACUGUUGAUGUGUUGACCAAAUUUCUUGUACUUGUGCUCAAUUCCAUAAAAUUUUACCUUCAGUGCUUAAGAAAUAUGUAUAUGUAACAAAAUAACACAGUUUGUUCGUGUGACUCAAAUAUAUAUUUUCCUGAGUUCCCUGUACAAGUACAGUUUUUGUAUCACCAACAACAAAUUUUCUAGAAAAACCAUAUAACAACCUAAGUAGAACUGAUUACUUACAAGAAGACAAGGUUACUUCAUUCAUUGUUUAUGUUCUAAUAAUUUGGAAAAGAAAAUUACAAUCACAGAGGUGUUCUGUUUUAAGUUCAUCUACCGACAAUCAAUAUUUGGCGAUUACAAUUCCUUUAUAUAAUUGGUUUCUAACACAGCUACAUUUGCUUUUAUCUUCUGGGACUACAGACAUUAGUUGGUAAAAAUCUUUUAUUGUCCUAUGACCAAGCAUUGAUCCAAAAAGGGUUCUGUCUGGUCUGGAAAUGGGAGGGGGCUCUUCCAUGUUUUUGUUGAUUUUUACAUUAUUUAAAAAAGAAUCACCAAAGGGGUAGGGGAGUGGCUAUUCUAGAGAUGGAACACCCUUGAAUAAGUUUAACUAGACAGAAAAUUUACUCUUUGAAGUUUAGCAAUAUUUUUGGUCACUUUUUUCCAGAAAGAAUUACGUUUUUCCCUUAUUGUUAAGGUGCAUACUGCACAGCCCAUUUUUCUGUACUAUGGUUUUCAAACUAAAUUUCUAAUAAAAAUUCAGAUAAAAUAGUUUUAGACUGUCUUGAAUAAUUUCUCAUGCUUUUUACAGGUCACAUUCCUUACAAUCCAAUUAUUACUAUUAUAUGAUGGCUUUAAUUAAUCUCAGUAUUUAUAUCUCAUGGUUGUGAGAGACUUGUUGCUUUAUUCAGUUAAUCAAAAUAUGCUAACUCAGAAUGAUAAACUGUUCAGAUUUUGGCAAUUAUUUUUAAGUCCAAAGCAUUAUUAUCCAUGGAUUGCUUAUGGUUGUGGGAGUGUCUGUUGUCAUCCUCAACCAUGUAUAGCUAAAUUAGUUUGGAUGUGAUAGGUUUUAUUCCAAGUGAUGAUUGUCUUAUAUUUAAAUUGUGAUCUUUUCAUUUUUCUGCAAUAUUUGGCCACCAAGUUUGAUGUAAAUAAUAAACACAAUAUGUACAAAAAAACAUCAAAAUUUUUUCAAACAUGUAAUCAGCUAAGUCCAGAAUGGUAUUGAGGAUGCCAUGGAAAUAUAUAUGCUGCAGUUAAAUCCACUGAUUUAGCAAUCUCAUAACAUGCAGGAAAUUACCCCCCACACAAAUAGUUUGCAGAAAGUUAUAUUGAUGUUGAGUGCAGUGCACAUUUACCCAUAGCACAAACAAAUUAUGCAUUGAAAUCCCACACAAAUCAAAAUAUAAUAACAAUAAACAAUCUUAAUAAUUAUAAAAAUUUAAGGAAGAUUUUAUUGAUAAAGUAAUAGAAAAAAGUUUAUUAAUCAAGAAUUUUAUGUUAACCCUUUAUACAUUUUGAGAGAGAUUUGAAUGGAAAUGAACAUCUACAUUUUUAUUAAUGUUUGAUAAAAAAAAAAAUAAGCCUUUUAAAUGAUUAUAAUAUGAAAUACAUUAAAAUCAAUUUACCUUUAGUAUUUUAUGCAACAUUUAGGGAACACAGAUGGAUUUUAUAUGGUUAUUACACAAUUUAUAAUUUAUGAAUCGAUGGGAAAAAAGGUAUUUUAAAGAAAAACAAAUCAAUUUAUGUAUUAAAUUUUAAUGUAUUUUAAAUGUUAUAUUGUUUUUGAUGUGACUGUCAGUUUUAUAAAUUUUAUGCACUGUUACAAUUUGAAUUCCCUGCAUCAUAUUACUGUUCAGGAUACUCUAUUAUUAAUGGAACAUUGAUCGCUGGAACAUUUUGUCUUCAUCUCUAUAUCCAUUUCAUAUUAUAUUUACAGGAGAAAUGAACCAAAGAUUUUGUAUAUACCAUUCAACAAGGGACUUGAAAUCCUUUUCAUUCAUUUGUUUUCAUUUAAUACUCAUUGAUAAGAAAUAUUAUGAUUUAUAUAUUAUUUACCUGGGGACAGGCUAUUUUCACCUGUACCCGAACCUACCUUCAUGGCCAUACAUCCAGGUUGUAAAAUCUACAGUAAAUUGUUGAUGUUUUGUUAUUGUUUAUAUUGGCGUGUGUCAGUAUCACAGUGGAUACUGAUGUUGUAAAAUAUCAUUGGUCAUUGUAUCAUAUUAAAGGGAGAGUACUCUAUCAUAACAGACAAAAUUUGUCAAGCAUGAAAUGAUAAUGCAAUAAAAAAAGAUGUAUGACAAUA